AUGAAUUACUCCUCAGAUUAUGAUUCAAAUCUAUCAGAAUCGAGACAUGACGAUUCUUUAGAGUCAUACUCGACAAUUGGAUCAGGAACUAUACAAGAUACUGCUGAACAAAUAACAAAUUUACAAACUGAAAUCCUCAAUCAAGCUCUCCUCAUUGAUAGAUACAUUUCUGAAGGUGCUCGGAAAGGUAAUAACACAGAAACUUUUCAUCAAUUACAAGAUUUGUAUAAAUUAUUCAAAGCAGAAUUAAAUCUAAACUUCACAAUCCGCAAAGCAUUAAUUCAAGAAAGAUCUACGAGUGAAAAGGUUGCUACUACUUGUUCAAAGAGUAUUUCAGAAUUAAAUGACUUUUUCUCAAAAUUAUCUUUAGUCACAGGUGUUGAAGUUCACAACCUUGACACAGCAGUUAAGCUUAUAGAAAAUGCUAUAAGAAAUGGACUGUUUACGCAUAAAAAGCAAAUCAUUCGCGAAAAUAAACAACUGCAACAAAAAAUUAACGAAUUACAAGAUCAAAUUAAUGAAAUACAAGCCCAAAAAGCUCUUGAAUUUGCCGAAAUACAAGCAAAAAUAGAUAUUGCUGAGUCGAAUGCUCAAAAAUAUCAAAAAGAAAUUGAAGAUUUACAAAAAGCACACAAUGAAGAUUCUGAAACAAUCAAAACUCUAAUUUCUCAAAAGCAGAAUGAAGUUGAAGAUCUAAGUUCCAAGUUUAAAUUUCAGCAAUAUACAAAGAUGAAUGAAUACUAUGAAAUCAAACGAAAAUAUGAAGAAUUGACCAAGGAAUCAGCAACAUUAAGAGAAGAUGUUAAUAAAUUAAAAGCAGAACUAGAAAAAGUCACACAAGAGCGUGAUUCUUUAUCAAAUAAGGCAAAAGAUGCUGAUGAAUAUUCGAUGGCUUUGCAAAAACUCGAGAAUGAUAUGAAAUCAAAAGAAGAAGAAACGAAACGAUUGAAGAGAGAGAAGAAUGCGUUAGCCAAAUGUGUUAAUGAGAGCAAAACAAUUAGACAAGCAUAUAUAAAUAAAAUUGAUGAAUUACAGAACAGAUUAGUAAAUAUAGAACGGAAAGCAAGGAAUGUAAAUUCUAACUUAGAUUCAGAAAAUCUGAGACUGAAAAACAAUUUGAGGAGCGCCGCAAAUGAAAUAAGGAGAUUAGAAAUGGAAAACUCACGUCUUUCCUCAGAUUCAUCUCUGAUAAGAGGUCAAGAAUCCAUUCUAAAUGCUUUCUCAGAGCUCAAAAGAAGUCUUCAUAUUCAAGAGCAAACAUCUCCUAUGGAAGUUGUUAGGAUCAUCUUAUCAAAUCUCAAUAAUAACAGCAAGCAUUCAUCCGAUUUUGGAAUAGCAGAAAGUGAUACCAUAUCUAAAUGCUCAAGUAUAACGUCAUUGCCACCUUCUAUCGGCAGAAAGAGUAGCAAUGGAAUGGCUCUUCAAGAGCAAAUUGAUGCUUUACAAUGCGAAGUUAUGUCUUUUAAGGGUGAGGUUAAUAAAUACACCCAAUAA